CGUGGGACGUUCACAACAAUGGGAACUUACUAGACAUCUUCACCCGUGAGACAACCAAUGAGCCUCCCUGCACCGCCAGUUAAUUUCACGUGACCUGUUUCCAACCAGGGGGCUUAUGGGAAGUGGUCCUCAUGGCAACCACUGUAAAUAUUAGCCUCCCUCCUCUUGCUAGUCGCGACUUUGCAUAAGCGGCGAAUUAGGACAAAAUGGCAAGCGAAGCCCGCGUCGGGGACAGUUUUUUGGAGAGGGUAACGUCCAUGCAGCAAAGCAUGCACCAAAGGGAGAAACAAAGGAUACAGUUGGAAAAGCAGCUGUUUUCUUACCCCAAACCUAAUAAUAAACGAAUCUCUCACAUAAAGGGCUAUCUCAAGCAAAUCUGUGUCAGGGAAGCACAAGCGAAAAUGAGAAACCUUGAGCUUUUGAGAGAUGUGGAGUGCCUUCAAAUUAGCAUGGAGGAAUACACCCCAGACUUUUUCCUUUUGCAACAACAAAAGGCUGAGUUUGCAAGUAAAAUUGCUAGAUUUAUUGAAGAAAUGAAAACAGGAAAAGAAAAGCUGAAACCUACACAACGCAAUUGCAAAGACAGCUCGGUCCUUCACAUAGCAGAUGAUUUUACAAAAGCACCUACGGUCAUUUCGAUGGGCCGCCAAACCAAAGGGUCCCGUAUACUUUCACACCAAACAUUGCACCAUUCACCCAAACGGAGCACGCACUCUCUCGAACGACCACCAAGUGGCCUUUUGAAGGACUCUGAAGUUGUCAGAGAGGAUGCUGCUGUCAAUCAAGCACAUUUAUCAGAUGAAAUUUCAGCUUCAGACAAUUCUUCCGACGGCUGCAAUUUGAGAGACAAACACACAAAAAUGUCAGUAACUCCUCAAUCUAGUUGCGCUACAACAAUAGUACCUGGCAACACGCUUUUUGCCAAUGAGGAUGGACAAGAACCUGCUCCCCUGGUAACCUUGAAGAGUCCCCAAAGGACUCUAUCUCUAGGCAGCAGCAAUAAGUCAAUGAAGCUCAAGAAUCCCCCUGCUGAAUAUGCUAACUCAGAAGAAAUUGCUCCUCAGGCGCCCUUAAAGGGAGAUUUAGGAAGAGGUUUUAGCCAUUUGAUGCCUGAAACCUCUGGAAGAAAAGAAGUCAUGAAUGCCCCAGGCAUAUCUAGGAGUAUUAGUUUAAGCUCUGAUGCGCAGUUGUCCGAGAGCAAUGUAAGUGACCUGUCCAUUUCUCUGACACAAUCGGAGCCGGAGGAAGAUGAUAAUCCUGAGAGUGAAGGAAGCUGGUGUGGCCUUGUCACUACUUUCAAGUCAAAUGGGUCUAAGAAAACCCCUCACGAUAGGUGUGACAGACUUUCCCUGGAAGGACUCUUUAAACUGCUAGACUCCAUUGAAUGGCGAAUCCAUGGUGAAAAAACAAGGGUUUAUGGAGGUUCUUCAUUUGAUGAAAGACAUCUCAUUCGCAUUAUCAGCCUUUGUGACAGCGGACUGGGUUUGAAUGAGGAAGACCUUGAAGCAUGUGGUGCAGUGGUGCUUCAUGAGCUUCAGGGGUUGUCAUGGAGCACAACGAAGGGCUGCCUGUUAACACAGGAGCUAGUGAGUGCACACCAGCCCACAGCUGAGCAUAUUACUAUCAGCCUCCCUCCUGAUGCAGCUCAGCUGUGGGAUCGCUGGUUCAAGCACGCCCUUCUGCUCAAGGAGAGCCGUGUCCUCAGCACUGAGCGCUUGGUCGAGCUGUUCACGCCGCUGCUUGUGGAGCGUCAUGCAACAUACAGCCACCAGGCCGAAGUGCUGCUGAGGACACUUCUGACCCAGUCCAGUGAGAAGUGCCCCUCAGCAGACGAUGAGAGUGACUCGUCGUCGUCGUCAUCGUCUUCUUGUGGCCCUCUUUUUCAUCGUGGAGCUGUGAAGCUUGCCGGUCAGAUCCAAAAGCAACAGAUCAAAGAACUACAAAGUGCUGAAGAGGACAACCAGGACGAAAGCUCUGUGGAAAGUGUUCCUAUUAGAGUGAAUAAUGGGCUCUUUUACGCAGUGGCGCUUGCAGCAUGAUCAAGGUGAAUGUAGGGUCAAAGUCCCACCUGAAGAGUGCAGCUAUUUUCUGACGGUCAGAGAAAACACUAUUUUUCACCCUGGUGUGAGGCAUUAGGGAAAAAAUUGAUGAUUCAUUAUUCCGGCAUAAUGCGCUUGGCUUUUUGCUGGCUGCCACAGUGGGUAGUGCAAGAGAUAUAUCCUAGGUUCUCAUUAUUUUCCAAACAAUGGUGGUGCAACACAGCUUAACUUGAAAAGUCUUGAUUCAAAUGCAUCCUGGAAGCUGUUGGUGUGCCCAUCUCUCUGCUGCUCCUCUGAAAUGUAAAGUACUACCCCAUGGGGACCAGAUUUCUCACCGAGCUUUUCAUGUAUGUGCAUCCCUAAGGUGCGAAGCUUGGGAAAAGAGUCCAUUUGUUUUGCUUAAUCAAAAGAGCUAUAAACAGUAAAAAAGAAAAGAAGGGAGGAAAAAAGAUACUCGAUAUUUCUCAAGGAAAGAGUUUUAUUACAGCCCACAACAUCAAUGCCCUAGUCAAAUGAUAUGGCUUUGGAACUGACAGUAAUUGCCAACGUAUUUGGAUGUCAGGAUUGUGAAAUAGAAUGCAACUAUAUUAAAAGUGAUACCGUACUUUGUGUAUAUGUUCAGGUGUCAGGUAUUCCCCUAAACUGCCAAACUACCUGUGGCGGUGGGGGCAUGGUUAUGGGCGUGGUCACAUGAUAUCAUCAAGUAAUUUUGCGUAAUUAGCUAAGACGAGUUAGUAUUAAAUACAUCCACAUCACAAACAUGCUGACAACGCUCCAGACUAUCACAAUGGUGUGUGUUUUCUUUACAUCCGGUUUUGGUAGGGUGGUUUUCGGUGAUCAAAGUCUUGUUUCUGGUGGUCAAGUUUUCGGUACAUCACUUGUCAAUAGUGUGCAGGCUAAAUAUAUAUAAAUUCAUAAUAUAACGACCAGCUAAUGUUGGUGUAUUAUGUUUGUGUGGUUUGGAUUUGAUGUCAGUUUUUCCCAUGUUUGCAUACACACCGUCCGUGCCUGAAAGAUGACUGGUGGAGAAUGAGGAAGUGUUGUCGUGUGUCUGGGGAAGUGCGGACUCACAAGAUGAAAGUGUUUACACGGGAGGUAAAGCCUGUUGGAAUUGUGCCGUUCGUUAUCAUAAGAUUGGUAAUAAAAGUUAAAAAUAGUGUCAGACUUUGUGUGAUUUCCUCUGGGGGCUACAAUAUAUUUUAUUGCUUUAAUUGGUUUUCAAAUAAAAAAAAACAACCUUAUUUUCAAGGUGUGGCGGUAAUGAAAAUGCUGAGGCGGCGCGCCACAUUUAAUUACAUUAAGGGGAAACCCUAGAUUUGAUCCUCCAAGCUCACAUUUGAUUUUUAGUUGUAAUUUGUCCUCAAAUUUGUGAUGUUGGUUUUGUCACUAUUAAUGUGACUUUGUAUAAUUUUACCAUUUGCACCUAUCAGUAUUUGAGUGGAAUAUCCAGACCUGCGCCCCAAAUCUCCUCCAACCUUUACAGAAAAAUAUUCUUCAAAAGUUAAACAAAACUUUGAUUUCAAACCAUCGACAAUAUAUGAGACCUCAGCAAACAGUUUUUUUGUGUGGUUUUUACUAGGAGUGUUCAAACAAUUCGACUCACCUCCAAAUCGCGAUGCUUAUCUAAUCCAAUUUUCAGUCGAUUCGAAAUUUUACAAACCGAAAGGAGUUUUUAUAACCUGUAGCCUAUUUUGAAAAUGUUUCAUUAUAAUACAUUGGGAGAUUAGGCUUGAAUUGAGAAUUGUGUUAAAUUGAGAAUCAAUUCUGAAAAAAAAUGUCACCCCAAGAAUCAGAUACAAUUUUAAGGUGCCCAAAGAUCACCACCUCUACUUUUUAUGAUGCCACCACAAAAUGGAACCUAGUGCCACAUAGAAAAUUAUUGGCACAGUAUAAAUCCAAUUGAUUACUUAGAUAUCAAUCUACAGAAACAUUUUACUGAGCAGGUGCUAACAUAGUUACACUUACUAAAUUGCAAUACUUCAAGGAUUCAAGGAACUUUAAACAUGACACAAAAGGUAGUUUUUAAUAUUAGUUUUAAUUUAAAUUGUUAAUACCAUUUUUAUGUCAUGAGUACCACAAGAACACUAAUACUUAAUGCACAUCAUAAUUUAAAUAGACUAAGAUAUAAAUAGAGUACGUUAUUGGCAUAGGUUAAUAGAAAUAGAUUGUAAAUAGAAUAAAAUAAAUGGUCAUCCUGUAGUCACUACAGUGUAAAACAAUGACAGCAAACCAAACCAAAUAAAAGCCAAGUUCAGCACAUUUGAUACAUGUGUGCAAGGACCUAGCAAACAUCUUCCUGUUAAAAAACAUGUGAAUUACUAAUACUGUUAAUAAAGGUUUUAUGACAGUUUGAACCCAAAACAAAUACAUUUUACAGUAUGUGGGAAAAUUGGUGUGAAAUUAGAACAAAUUAAAAGUCAACCAGCGUCACAUAUUGUAAUGUGUUUGACUUUAAAGGUUUAUUUGUUCCUGUGUUAUUGUGCACAAAAUGUAAUUGUGUACUAUAAAUUUGUGUUGGCCCUGCGAUGAGCUGGCGACUUGUCCAGGGUGUACCCCAGUGUCCGCCCUAAUGCAGCUGAGAUAGGCUCCAGCACCCCCCCGCAACCCAGAGAGGGACAAGCGGUAGAAAAUGGAUGGAUGGACUCUCCAUUUCCUGGUUGAGGAUCAUGGAAAAACAACAAGAGAUCAUGGAAACAGUUGCUGCAUACUGUGGACUUUACAAAAAAAGCACAGCGAAGUUGAAGUUUUCACCCACACUCUCUAGUAGUGCAAUUUUCAAGACUAAGCUACUGAAGCAUAUCUUGGCAAACACAUAAACCUCUGAAAGUAGGAAACCUGUGUUUU